AAUGUCUCUCACUCUGUUCUCUUGGUAUUCCAUUUCCACUCUUCCCCACCCACUCAGCACGCACCAUAGGGAUCUGUAGCCUCUACCGUUCUUCACUUUCCUCUCACACUCACUCACUCACUUGAAUGGAAGAUUGAUUAACAAUGGAAACCGAAGCAUGAACCGUUCCUGAUCCUCCUCUUCAUCGUUCUCAUCUCAACUUCCUCUUCUCCGACACCACCGCACUCACCGGAACCCACCCACCACCGAGGGAAAUUUUAGCAGCUCAAGUAUCUUUUUCUUGAGAUUCAUUUCCAGUUAAACUUUUGGGACUGCUGGUACUUGUUUGUUAGGACGUUUUGUCUACGAUGGUUGGAAAUCCUCUAGUGCAUGUCUCAACACUGCCAAGUGCUUUAUCUUCAUCUGUGAUUACUCUACGAGGAAGUUCUUUAAAUUGCAUACCCUGCCUUCCAUUAAGGCCCCAGAGUAAAAGCAACCGAAUCAGAGCUUCUUCUGCAGAUGCAGGGCAGGUUGAACCUUCGUCUGCUUCAGGUUCAAAGAAUCCUCUUGCAGUUGUUUUGGACAUCCCUCGUACUGUCUGGAGACAAACAUUACGUCCAUUAAGUGAUUUUGGGUUUGGUGGCAGGAGUAUUUGGGAAGGUGGGGUUGGACUAUUUUUAGUUUCUGGUGCAGUUUUGUUUGCACUUAGUUUGGCUUGGUUGAGGGGUUUUCAAAUACGAUCCAAGUUCAGGAAGUACACUACAACUUUUGAGUUUGAUCAGGCUUGUGGUAUAUCCACUGGGACACCGGUGAGGAUUAGAGGGGUAACUGUUGGCGAUGUGAUUCGUGUGAAUCCUUCUUUGAGAAGUAUUGAAGCAGUUGUUGAGAUUGAAGAUGACAAAACCAUCAUACCACGGAAUUCAUUGGUUGAAGUUAACCAGUCAGGUCUUCUUAUGGAAACUAUAAUUGACAUUACUCCUCGAGAUCCUAUUCCAACGCCUUCAGCUGGACCUCUCGACCAAGAAUGUAUUAAAGAAGGUCUCAUUGUGUGUGAUAGAGAAAAGAUUAAGGGUCAACAGGGCGUAAGUUUGGAUGCAUUGGUUGGGAUAUUUACCCGCAUUGGGAGAGAUGUAGAGAAAAUUGGUGUUGCCAACACCUAUUCGUUGGCUGAAAGAGCUGCUUCUGUUAUUGAAGAAGCAAAACCACUUCUUACAAAGAUCCAAGCCAUGGCUGAAGAUGUUCAACCUUUGUUAGCUGAAGUCCGUGAUAGUGGCCUUUUGAAGGAAGUUGAGAGUUUAACCCGAAGCCUUACACAGGCCUCUGAGGAUUUGAGAAGGGUGCAUUCAUCCGUUAUGACCCCUGAGAACGCGGAACUGAUCCAGAAGUCCAUUUACAGUCUUAUUUUUACCCUGAAGAAUGUUGAGAAUGUUAGCUCUGAUAUUUUGGGUUUCACCGGUGAUGAAGCUACAAGAAAGAAUUUGAAGUUACUUAUCAAAUCUCUCAGCCGGUUAUUGUGAGGUCAAAUUCCAAUUUAAUAGGAUAUAGUUCGAUUAGGCUAUUCCAAUGUUUUUCAGCAACCACAACACUGAAGUGAUAAAAUAGCAAUUUCUGACUGGUUGUUUCCAAGUGUGUUUUUCUUGGUUUUCACUGAGGUGCAGAUCGUUUUUUGACUGGGGCAGCUGAUUGCUAUGUUCAUAUCCCUAUUUUACUGUCGAACUUAUGUGAUUCAUAUGUGUAGCUUGGUGAAUCUUGAUAGUUGUCAGCUAAAAUGCCCUAAUAGAGUGAGUACAAUACAAGCUUAUAGUGUUCCUGGUGUUUCAUCUAUGAGGUUUCAGUUAUGUGUGCAGUUUUCAUGUUUCAAGUAUAAAAUUGAUUGGAGCUGAA